AUGGGCCGCACCGCAGCACUGCCUUCGCGCACCACAUCGCAGCAGCACAGUGCGGCCCAAACUGCCGGCCAUGCUCACAUCGUCGUCACUCUUGGAGCCAAUCUUCAUCAGUCAAUCGAGGUUUGCAAAACUCUAGCGACUCAUCUCGGUCUACGGCGCUGCCGCAGCUGGUCAUGGCCAAAUAAGCAACACUCUGCGAGGGCUUAA